AUGCCUUCUAUUAUAGCAGAUUUCCUUUUAUUUGAUUUAGAUGGUACCUUAGUAAACUCAACCCCUGCCGUAGAAAAGACAUGGGUUGAGCAAUGCAAUAAGCAUAAUUCUACAAAUGAAGUACUUAUCGAGCCAGUGAUUUUAUUAAAUUCAGCUCAUGGAACAAGAACAUCUGAAACUAUCAAAAGAUGGUUUCCGUAUUUACCAACUGACAAUCAGGCCAUAAAUAUAUUUGAAAAAGCAAUUGUUACGAAUUAUGGGCAUUUAGCCAAAGAAGUAAAUGGUGCAACGCAUUUGAUCAAUGUAAUAAAUAAACUUGGUAGUGAUCAAUGGGCCAUCGUAACGUCUGGUACAAAAGAUUUAGCCUAUGGAUGGUUUGAAAAAUUAUUUACAAAUUCAGACAAGCCAAAGGCAUUUAUUACUGCAAAUGAUGUUUCGCAAGGUAAGCCGAACCCAGAAGGUUACUUGGAAGCCUACAGUCAACUAAAAGAGACAAAUAAAUUACUUGGUUGUGAAUUUUCUGCUAUUGUUUUCGAAGAUGCCCCAGUGGGUAUUGAGGCAGGUAUUGCUGCAGGGUUUCAUGUUAUAGGGAUAGCAACUACUUUUAACAAAGAUACUCUAACAAAGGCAGGAGCAUUGUUCGUGGUCGAAGAUUUGUCAAAAAUACAUAUUACGAAAACUACAUCUACUUCUUUCCAGUUAGAUUUAAGUAUAUUAUAA